UGUCGUUUAAAAUAAAUAAAUAAUAAUAUUAUUAUUAAAUUGUUAUUGUCAAUAUUUGUCAAAAUUGUAUGUUUAGUUGUGAAUAUUUUUAAAAGUUUAUACUGUCUUGGUAUGAGAAUAAAUAAUUCAAUUAAUUAUUUGACAUUUUGUCACUUGAUUUUUAGAUGACAAGAUUAUUUUUUUUUUUAUUAACUAUUUUUAGAUUCUAUUAAAAAUGUACAGAUUUAUUUAUUUAUUGAAAAGCACAAAUUUACAAACUGGAAAAUCUUAUUGCAUGAAUUUUCGACGUCUUCAUGUGUCAUCAAUUCAGGAAUUUAUUAUUGAAAGCCAAAAAAUAAACAGAUAUCAACAUGGACAAAAUGAUAUUAAUUUAAACCCAUCAAUAAAUUCUAUUAGAAAUAAUUCAAGAAAGCUAUUGACUUCUUCAAUUGUUGAUAAAAGCAAAAUGAAAGAAUAUGAAGGUCGAAAAUUAAUAGGAUUUUCAAUGGAACAAAUUUAUGGUGUUGUUGCUGAUGUUGGUAAUUACAAAAAUUUUGUACCAUUCUGUAAGAAAUCAGAAAUAUUAAAAAAAACAGAUGAAAAUUUACGUGCAAAUUUGAGCAUUGGUUUUCCACCAUUAAAUGAAUCUUAUACAUCAAAUGUAACAAUGCAUAAGCCAUAUUUUGUCAAAGCUGAAUGUACUGAUGGUAAAUUAUUCAAUCAUUUAAAUACUCUAUGGAUAUUUAGUCCAGGUCUUAAAAAUAAUUUACAAACAUGUGUUAUUGAUUUUUCAUUGUCAUUUGAAUUUAAAUCAUUGUUACAUUCAAGUUUAUCCAAUUUUUUUUUCAAUGAAAUUGUUAGACAAAUGGAAAAAGCGUUUAUUGAUGAAACAGAAAGACGUUUUGGACGUCCAUGUAUUAAAACAGUUAGACUUGAAAGAUAGAAAAUAUGUCAAAUAAUUCAAAUAAUAAUGUAAUAAAAUUUAAUGACUUCAAAACGGUUGAGCAAUUCAGAUUUUUUUUUUUAAAUUCAAAAAUAACAUUUAUGUCUGUAUUUUUUCUCAGUUAUACAAUAAAUUAUUUGUAAAUAAUAAUUUUACGACAGAUGUCUUAAUGUGAUUAUUUAUUUUAAUAAUUUGAAUUAAUUAAUUCAAAAUAAAUCUAAUUUGUAAAUAUAUAAAUCAAGUUACUGUCUAGUAAAUGAUUAAUAUUUUAAAAUAGAAAUUAAAAACUUAAAAUUGAGGUCUAAUAUAAAAUUUAAAACUAGAUAAUUAAAUGACAAUAUAAAGGAUGUAAUUAAAUGAUUACUAAUAACGAAAAAGGUCAUAGAAAAAAUAUAGACUAUAGACAAACAAUGUGAUACAAUAAAAUAAUUUAAAAAAAACAUAAA